GAUGUCCCGUGUUGCCUGACUGGAGAGAAAACAGAACUUGAAGUUGCGUUGUGUGAUGGACUGGUGGGGAUGUGGUCGGUCGGUUGAAAACCACGUAUUCUGACAACAUGUUCAUUUAGACCGAUAACAACCGGGCGGUGACCUACUUCAUAAGCCGUAGCAAGGUGGACGCGGUAAUUUUGCCAGCGACUUCAUACUUUUUGGAGGCCUGUGGAAAAACACAUAAGCUAACGAGAAGUAGCCACCAUGUCGUGGGAAGAAAUGCCUUGUUUUCUGGCCUCGCCUCUGUGCUCGGCUCGGCUCCAUUUUUCAGCUCUCUGAUUCAAGUGGACAAACGAACAGAGGUAACUUUCGCACACAGCUGUCAAUGCAGCUAACAGUAAGCUAACCCCGUAAAUUAAUCAACGAUAACGAUUACUCAAGCUUAACGUUACUAGCCCGCGAGCCAUGGCGGACAGCUUUGGAGAGCAGUCCAGCGGAGGUGCCCUUGGCUUAGGCGUUACCGGACAAGGCAGCGGAGCUUCGCUGUUGCCGACUUUGGCCAACUCUCUGCCGGUAGGGCACUCGGCAGCCAGCGGCGCUCACUCCAGCGUCAACCCGGCCUCCCCUUCUCCCGCGCAGAGUGGCCUAGCCGCUGUGGUGGCACCUAUGUCCGCUGUCACUGCUAACGUUACCUCAGCCGGUUUUGGCAACACAUUCACCCCCGGCUCCUCGCCACCCGUCGUGGCCGUGUCACCGACCCUACACGCCUCCUCACCUCUCCCCGGUGUAGGGCUAGGGGUGGCCGGGGUGGCAGGAGCGGGCCUCCUGUCUCAAAUCCACGCUACUUCUUGGGACCCGACCCUCAGUACGGACUGGGACAACGAGAAGGCUUCCCAGCAGUGCAUCUUGAGGAUAAAGAGGGAUAUCAUGUCCAUCUACAAGGAACCUCCACCAGGGAUGUUUGUUGUCCCUGAUCCUCAGGACAUGACCAAGAUUCAUGCCCUGAUCACAGGCCCAUUUGACACACCGUAUGAGGGUGGCUUUUUCCUCUUCCUGUUCCGCUGCCCCCCCGACUACCCCAUCCACCCACCACGGGUCAAGCUAAUCACCACCGGACACAACACUGUCCGCUUCAACCCCAACUUUUACCGUAAUGGCAAGGUCUGCCUCAGCAUCCUGGGGACAUGGACAGGCCCAGCAUGGAGUCCAGCUCAGAGUAUUUCAUCUGUCCUCAUCUCCAUCCAGUCUCUGAUGACAGAGAACCCCUAUCACAACGAGCCCGGCUUUGAGCAGGAGCGACACCCAGGGGACAGCAAGAAUUACAAUGAGUGUAUCCGCCAUGAAACCAUGAGAGUGGCUGUAUGUGACAUGCUGGAGGGUAAAGUUCCUUGUCCUGAGGCACUGUGGAGUGUGAUGGAAAAGUCCUUCCUUGAAUACUAUGAUUUCUACGAGGGAGUCUGCAAAGAGAGACUGCAUCUACAGGGACAGAACAUGCAGGAUCCAUUUGGUGAGAAGCGUGGUCGUUUUGACUAUCAGGGCCUGCUGGCUCGCCUCAGUGCAACCCACAGACGAAUACGGGAGAAAAGCCUUGCGGAGGACAACCACAAUGAUGACGAUUCAGACUCAGACACCAGCUCUUCUGGGACGGACCCCGACAGUCAGGGCAGCUCCCAACCCUGACUCCCUGGAUGGUGUUGGACACAAAGCCAGGCCAAGAACUAAAGACAAAGGGACCUUUUUUGUUAAGUUUGCAGUGGAGGAGCAAAAUCACAGAAGAGAAAGCAACACCUACAUUUAAGGCUUUAGUGUGUCCAGGGUUCACGAUUGGAAUCAAGCUUCUGUUGACUGGUGAUGCAGAGAGAGAAUAGAUGGUCUCUCAACUAUGAAAAACAAACACCAUCCAAUAGUCAAAUGCUGGAAAAUUUGGCCUGUAGUGGUGUAUUUGUGCUACUUUUGUAGCCUGCCAGCUGUCAUUUUGAUGCAGUCAGUUUGAUUUUAAAACUCAAGUUGGCUGCCCAGAUGCCUGAUAGAUUUUGAGAUUAACCAGCCAUUGUUGCUUAUGGAAAUAAAAGGUUAGUUUCAUGGCUCAAACCUUCAAAUGUGCUGUAAAAAUGCACAAAAAGCCCUCUAGCCCAAACAGAAAUCUAGUCAGGCUUUGAAGAUGAGGGAGGUUUGGGCCAAAUGCGGGGAUCUUGAGGGAAGGAGGGUAAUUAGCCACAGUGUGUUGGCUGGAGCAGUGGAAGGUGAUGGUGUUUUCAUCUAAACAGGUCUGCCUUCAGUAUGGACCUUUGUAUUGAAGAGGGGAGGAAAGAAAGACGAACCUUUAACAAUGUAAGGUAGUAUGAAAAAAAUGACUAUUUGUGGAGGCUUAGUGAGUCACGUGCCUUCUCUCUGGGCAGGGUGAAGUCACACGUGCAAAAAGUGCAGUUCUUUCAGACUGGACAUCAAACAUCAGCUUGUGAUUCUGAAUACAAUGAUUCCUGUGUAUUAUACAAGAAGUUCUGCUUAGCUUUCAGUUCUAAUAGUGCUGUUGAAAUCUGUUUACCAGAUGAGAAGCCGUUAGAGAAAUGUCAGUUUCAUUGACAUCCACCUUUAUACCCUUUUGUUAUGCUGCUUACUCAUUGUUGUGCUGAAACUAAUGCUUAUUUGCAGUGUGUGUAGAGUGAAUUGUUUAUUUGGAAACCCUGCUGCUCUUUGGGUCGCUGGUUCUUGUGAUUAACCCAUCAAAAUACAAACCAAACCACCCCAUGGUUGCGCUAGAGCCACUUGGAGGAACUAAUGGAGGCAAGCAAACACAACUGUCCAUUCGUUCUUACUGCAAGUAACUCAGUCUGUUCUACCUGUGAUGGCCCGACCAAACGUUUCGGUUUCAUACAGAUUUUUACGCAAAGGGCAAAUCAUGCCAGUUGAUUUUUUUGGCAUUGGUAGCUACAUAAUUGGAUUGUAAUAUUUAAAUAUGGCAUUACCAGACUAAGAAGCUCUUUUGUUUUUGGUGUAGACAAAGUAAUAAACCCUAUACUCAACUAAUAUUGAUUUGUCAGAAUCUUGAAUCUGAUUAGCCAGCAUUGUCAAGCUGACACCAGCUAACGGCCAAGUUUUAAUCGUGAGUGUCACAGGAAAUGAAUAGACUUGUUGACAGUGUUGCUUGCAGUUUGAACGUAGUGAGGGAUGUUCUCGAGGCUAGGACGAGAAUACUGCAGAACUGCUAUGGUUUCAUAAACACAAGAAAGUCUCCAGUGGAAUGGGUUUCGGACUCUGAAGUCCAUCUUACAGUUAUCUUCAUGUCUUAUAUAAAUUGAGAGUGUUAUUGACUAUUAUAUUCAUUUCAUCUGUUCCACUUAAAAUCCCGUUCUAGCUUAACUCAACUGUAAGAAAUGAGACUCAAUCUGCAGUCCUUGUUCCAAUUGUGGAAGUGGAAGCUGAUGAGCCAACAGUUAAACAGUUCAGCAGUUAAAGUUAACACAAAUCUAGUGGGUACAUUGGUCCCAUAGACUGUAUAUAAAGUAGUGGACACUGCCACUUUGAAAUUACCCAUUGGUUUGUUGACUUCUGGCAGGGGUAGGGGUCACCAUGGUGUGACUAUAGUUGGACAAGAGGAUGGAGCUGGGAAGGAUACACAGUCGUUGAGGUAGCCUCACCUGAAAGCAUAUCCUGCUUUAUCAUAAGACCGUAGUUUACAAAAUGAACAUCCCGCUCUAUUAAAAAAGACUUGGAAUUAGCAAUUGACAUAAACUCCUAAAGUAGUUUUCUCAUAAGCAAACAUACAAUCAGACCGUUUUCUUGCAUCCAGUGCUGAGCAUUACAAAGAGUGCUGGUUAAAGCAUCUGAAAUAUCAAAUUCACUUUUCAUACCCAUUUUAUACUGUCUAUGGUUCAUGGUGGAGGUUUUAUUGAUGUUUUUGAAAGAUACCCACUUGAUUUGACUACCUGAGACGACUGGAGCGUCACACAAGCUUCAGGUUAACUUUACUUUUUUCAGUAAACAUUAGGACAGGAUCUCUUUACAGCCAGUAUGAAGAGGAUGAAUGAUUAUACUGAGUAACCAGCACCAGUAACUCCCUCAGUGUACAUAUAGGGUAUGGGUAUUUUGUCGAGAUCUUCGGAUUUUUUUUUUUUUUUUUUUUUAAGUUUGAUAUUUUCUAUAAUAUACUUUUUUGUGCGCUUGCCUAGCCUUGGAUAAGGUGAUUGUUACCACUAUUAUGUCUGUAAAGUUGAUGUAAAGCUACAGCGAGCAGCUGGUUAACUUAUCUUAGCAUUGUGCAAAGAUUUGAAACAGGGAAAACUAUCCUGUCCAAAGGUAUCAAAACAUACUUACCACCACCUCUAAUGCUCACUGAUUUGCACGAUAUAUACUGGCUCAUCUGAACAAAGUCAAAGGGUAAACAUGACAUUAGCCAUUUUAGUGUGAUUAUGUGCCAAGAAAUAAAAAAAAACAAAGUGAAAUCUUACACAUCCAUUUUUAUUUCACAUCAUACCUCCAAGAAUAGUAGCUUGUUAGUACAAAUUAGAGUAGUUGGUUGGUUGAUUUUGUUACCUUUGGACAGAGCAAAGCUAGCUGCUUCCCUUCGUUUUUCAAAUGUGUAAAGCUAAGCUAACAAGCUGAUGCCUGUAGCUUCAUGUUUAACAGACAUGACAGCGGGAUCAAUAAUCACAUAUUUUAUGCCAGAAAGGAAAUACUUUUUUUCUCAAAUGUUGAACUGCUCCUUAAUUCCAAAUACGGACUGUUUAACUUUAGUAUACUGAUCUUUCUAUACAGUCAUCAAGAAGCUUUCCAACAUGUUGAGACAAGGUGUCAGACAAAAGAAAGAGUGCUGCGCUCGUUGUAUUUUGUUCCUGCCUUCCAUUGUCCUCCAGUCUGCCUUUAGCUCUGCAGCCAUGUUUAAUGGGGAGAGGAGCAGUUUGCCUCUGCUGUUGGUGUAAUGUUAAUACUUGUUCCAUUGGCAGGAGUAGCAAAAGAUUCAAAUGGGAUCACUAAUAUAGGGCAUUCCUUUUUAUUUGUUUUAUUACGUUAUAGAAUGGUUAUGAGAAGCAGAUCCUAGCAGAAUAUAUGUGAUUGCCAAAAUGUGAUUGAUUGCAACACACUUCCUCAAGUGGAAGUGAAGAAAUCAUAUCCCUGUUUGGUUGUGUUGUGUUGUGCUUAAAUCAGGGUUCUUCUACGUCUCUAUCAAACCUGGAUUACUGAUGGAAAGUGAUUAUUUCCAGGUCUUGAAAAUGUUGGUAUUGUACAGAAGUUCUGGAAAAGUGCAGAAUAAAAUGUUGUUCAGUCCUGA